AUGGGCAGGGAUGUCAAGAAAAUGGUGCUGGAGAUCCUCAACAAUGAUCAGGAGCCAGCAGAUUUAAAUCAAACCUUCAUUGUCUUGAUCUCAAAGUGCAAAAACCCUAGGUCUCCGAACAAGUUUCGGCCAAUCAGAUUUUGCACUUGUUUUUUUGCGGAUGAUAGCAUUCUUUUUGCAAAGGCCAAUUCUCAAGAGGAAGAAAGAAUAAUGGAAGUCCUUUCUUACCGAAAUGCGUCAGGUCAGAUGGUCAAUCUCGACAAGUUUGAGGCCUCUUUCAGUCGAAAUGUGCGGGAGGAAGUAAAAAAUAUCAUCCGUAACAGGAUGAGAGUUAAGAGUGCUAUCUCACUCGAGAUAGGUAUUGGGAAGAUCCAAGAAGGAGGUGUUUUCUCGUGUUGUAGAGAGCGUAUUUGGAAGAAGAUGAAAGAUUACCUGAAGGAGUGUGCAUGGAGAUUGAAGGGCUGA